AUGACAACCGUUGCGAUCCGACGACCCUUCCUAUCAAUACAAUGUCGCGCAUUGAGCCAAAACGUUCGCAAAAACGUGGUCGCUCAAGUAGAUAAAGAUUGCCUGCCGGUGGGACCAACUUGGACCGUACGAUCACUUCUUGAGCCUGCUUCAUCCGAUAGCCCUCCUAGUAUCACUGAUAAACAAUUCAAUCACCUCUUCCGACUUGCACAGCUACGACCACCCACAUCACAAAGAGCCAAAGACAAUUUGAAACGAGAUCUUGACCAGUUAUCCCAAUUCACUGAGCAUAUCCAAGAACUCGGCCAAGCAGAUGUAGAGCCACUGAUACAGCUUUGGGAGCAAGGAACAGGCUUGGUUACACGACCUGAUGUCCCUUCACAAUCCAAUGAAGAACCAAGCGGGCGUGUGCUUAUGAAUAAUGCAGAACAAAAGCAUGGCAACUUUUAUGUAGUAAAGUCAAAGAUUGCGAUUGAGGAAUAA